UUUUUUUUUUUUAAAAAAAAAAAAGCUAGCCAUAAACUUAGCAAUGCAUAAACAUGGUCUUUUGUUUAAUAUGUAAAACAUCUACUAGCAGCGGAUUUCCCCAUUGUCAGUUAAAUUUAGUAGUACUCUGUUAAACAGAAAUAACUCCAGAGGAAUUAAUCACUCUUAGCUGUUUGGCUGUUUAGAGAAACUGACGACUAUUUUAAGCAGUCACCUUUCUGGGGGAGAAAAAAGCAACAAAAUUACAUUCACUCCUCAAAGUGUACUUGGGGCAAGUUAUGAAUACACUCUUGUUAUGUUUAGGUUUGAAUUCCAUUUUCAAGGGAUUUUAAGGGUCCUGAGGGUAGCGUUUCUUAACUCCUCACUGGCCAGAGGUAGCUCACUCCCUGAUUUUUAGUGCACAAAAGGCACAAGUCUUGUGGUUAACCAGACACAGCAAGGAUUGCUGGUUAUAUGGUCAGUUCAUGUCUGGGCUAAGCAGAGCAAUGUAAGUGGAUAUUACUGACGAUUUCUGGUUUUAAAGCUUGGUAAGGGAGGGAGGGUAGGCAUCCUUUUCUUAGAUACAAAAUUAGCAGUAAGUUUUGGCCUUGGAAAGUAUCUGAGGCAACAGUUCUUGCUGAUUUCUUCACAUACAUACAUUUUUUAAUAUGUAGUUUUGGUUUAUUGGUUUGUUUUAUCUUAAGGGGUUUCUUUUGGCUCAGUAGCAACAAGAUAAUAACAUUCGGUACCUGCAAGAGUGUAGUUAAUCUGUAGUUUACAAACACAUUUCCUUUUUCAAGACUUAACAUGUAGCGUGUGCUUGUGUUCUCAAUUACUAAUUUUCCCAUCUCCCUCCCUUUUUAUUUUGCACAUCUCCAUCUUCCACCUACUGGAGGAGAAAUAAAAGGAACUGGGUACCAAUUCACAUCUCGUGUUUCUCACCCAGCGUUCCACAAUUCCUCUUAAAUAACACUGAGACUAGGCUGAGAAAUAACAUUGCAUGAGCUGCUACCUGUUAUACAAUCUCAUGGGAGCAUUUAUCUGUCAGAUGAGAACCUGGCUGAAGGAAGACGUUUUAGAUGAGGCAACAAGGAAGGACCUGUUCACCGACACCUUCUGUAAGGUUUGCAGGGCAGUGCUGCAGUCUGAGUCCCAAAGGAUGUCCCACUCUGAGAGCAAAAAGCAUGCUCAGAAAAUUUGUCUUUACACCCAAACGCAUGCUGAGAAGGAUGAGAGGCAGGAGCAUGGCAAAAAGAAGAAAACAAACUAUAUUAAUUUUCAGGUGGAUGGGAGUGGUGAAGCAGAUAAAAACAAACACUGCAGUCUCUGUAAAAUGACUCUUUCCUCCCCAAUUACUGCAUUGUCUCACUACUUGGGAAAGAUCCACGCUAAAAAGCUGAAGCAAGUAUCAAGAGACAAAGUCCUGAUGGCAGCACAGAGCAUGCAGCCUGUUUCUGCUUUACAGAAGCCAUCAGCUGAGAAGCCCUUGCUGCCUUCAAAAGCUGAGGAGUUUGCAUCAACCUCCAGCACAAGUUUGGAGUUAAAUGAUACGAAGUACUGCCGGCUCUGCUCUGUUCCCUUCGACGAUCUGUUUUCGGCCCAGCAGCAUUAUGUUGGUAAGAAACACAGAAGAAACGUAGCACGGAAAAAGAUAAUGGAGGAGCUGGGAGAUGAAGCUCUCCUUGCAGAAUCCAGAAUAAAUGACACCUUAUUCUCUGUGGUUUGGCGUGGUCCUUACACGUGUCGUGUUUGUAAUAUCAUGCUUUCAUCUAUUGAAACAUACCAGUCCCACGUGCAAGGGAAAAAACACCAGAUUAGAGCAACAAAGGUUGUCAGUCUCGUGGAGAAGUCAAAGAAAACUUACGACUCCUUUCCAGAUGAAUUAACAGAUUGCAUUCAAGUUCCAAAAGCUACAGGUCUAGAGCAGAGAACAUAUUUGAGAAGAGCAGAAGAGGAAGAGUUUCAAAAUAAAGAUGCCGAAGGAGGAAGUGACCUCAGUGGGGUUGUAUCUUCAACCUUUAAGCGUGAAGAAGGCUGUCACUCCAACAUUUUCUCAGAAACCCAGUCACCUACAAUUACUGUGGAAAAGAGAUCGCCCAGUUGGCCAUCAGCUUGUGAGCAUGCGCUGGAAAAGACACGUAAUUUUAACUGUAAUGUGGGAUACUGUACGGAAGAGCAAGCAUCUGAGGUGGCCACCAACAGAGAUAAAAGCUUUAGACUAUCAGUUGCAGAGUCUAAAGACUAUUGCAAACUUGAGGUUGAUGAAACUUUUACCAGCUGCUACAGAGAACAGAAACUACAGAUAAAACAUAGUGAGGAGGAAAAAUGCAUUAGUGAAGAGCUGAAGUGUAAGAAAGAAGCCACAACACCAAAAAGGAAGGAGAAUAGUGAAGAUGCAGAUUUUGGAAAAGAAAAUGAGAGGCAGAAGCGUAUGAAAUUUGACAUAGACUUAGUAAAUGAGAAGAAAUCAAAGCUUUAUAAAAGCAAAAGACUUACAGAAAACCCUGCUGAGAAGGAGAGCAGGAAACACAGAAAGGAUAAACAGAAGCCACAGCCAGAUGGCAAAACAGAAGAAGAGCUACUUUGGGAUGAAUUUGUCUUUGGACACUGAUAAAGGUUUCGUUUAGGUUUUAAGAAGCUGAUUCUGGUUAUAGUUUCUCUAAUGCACUUUGUGCUGUACUGUGGCUGUUUUGCUGUUGUUGUCUGCUUAAAAACAAAGGUUUUGUUCCAAUCUGGAAGCGAGGAAAAGCCAGAAUUAUAACAGGCUUUUGGGUAGUAGGUAUGAAUCAGUUGUUCAUUGUUACCUGUACACCAGCCAUUGCAGUGAUGUGAGCUGGAAAGUCUAUAAUCUCUUCUGGAAUAUUCCUCAGAUAAGGGUCAGUAGCUUACAGAAUAUUCUUGGAAAUUCACCAGAAUGUAUAGCUUUUUUGUCCUAAUACUAAUAGAGAUUUCCUUUAUUUUUCCAGGACAGUACAUGAGGUCAGCAGAUAAGUAAGGGCAUUACAGUGUUGCCAGUUACAUCUGUAACAUUUCACUGACAACUCUUAAAGAAAGGCUUUUGAAUCCAGAUCUUACUUGCUACUGUAAUUUUUUUCCACACCUUUCUGAGAGUGAAAAAAGUUUAUUAAACAUGCAACUGGUUGUCAGAUUUACAUCUAACAUAUUUUUCUCGUUGUAAUCCUGAUUCUUAGUUUAAUUUAGAAAACCCAGAAAAGGUGCAAUAUGCAAAAAUAAUAGCUAACGUCAGGCUCUUUUCUGUCAUCAG